AUGUCAGAUAUCGAAGACCACGACGACGACAGACACGACGAUGAUGGAGAACACCCCUCACCUCCACGUCGGAAGCUUUAUGAAGACGACGAAGAUGACGAGGAAGAGGAAGAGGAGGAGGACGACGAACCGUCUACCAAGCCCAGCACGACGAAACACCGACACAAGAAACCCCGGACAGGACUCUCCCGUUUCCUGGAUAUCGAAGCCGAAGUUUCUUCCGAAGACGAAGAGGACGGUGAGGGAGCAGAAAGUGAUUCAGCCAUCGACGGGUUCAUCAGCAAGGAAAACGACGGAGUUUAUGGCGUUGGAGAUGAUUUAGAUAUCGAUGACAGGCAUCACCACGCUCGAGUAGACUAUAAACGGCGACAAGCUGAGCGAUCUGCUGAAGAAAUUGCUCGUGAGCUCUCUGACCGUUACUCUGGACGGGGACUAGGUGGUCGUCGAUUCACUGGUGAACUUUCUGAAAUUCCUCAACGUCUUCUUAUGCCUUCCGUACACGACGCAUCUCUCUGGCAAGUCCGUGUAAAACCAGGUCGGGAACGAGAAAUCGUAUUUUCAUUAAUGCGUAAAAGUCUCGAUCUAGAAUAUACAGCAAAACCCAUGUCUAUUUUGUCCGCCUUUCAACGAGAUUCUCUACCUGGGAUGAUCUAUGUCGAAGCAAAAUCCUCACAACAAGUCGCUCAAGCCUGUGCCGGGCUAGUAGGUGUAUACCCUUCUAGAGGAAUCCACCUCGUUCCCAUUGACGAGAUGUCCUUGCUACUAUUAAUCAAAAAGGUGGACGCAGGUGAAAAAAUCAUUCCAGGAACUUGGGUGAGAUUGAAAAGAGGGAAAUACGCUGGGGAUUUAGCUCAGGUCGUGGAUGUUACGGAGAAUGGUGAUGAAGUCGGCGUCCGAUUCGUUCCACGUAUUGAUUUAAACCCACGCGAAGACGAGCGUGGUUUGGGUCGAAAGCGUAAAAAAGGCAAUGAUCCCACUUCCAACAAUAACCCUUCCGCUCGUCCUCCCCAACGUCUCUUUAAUUACGAAGAAGUCUUGAAAGUCUACGGCCGCACCGCUGUCUCCAAACGAGGCCAAGUCUAUGUCUUUUUCCAGGACACUUACAAAGACGGGUUUAUCGAGAAGGACGUGAAACUAAACUCUAUCAUCCUUGAGGACGUCAACCCUACCUUGGAUGAAAUCACCAUGUUCAACUCGAACAAUCCUUUAGAAGAGAGCCUGGUGGACCUCAGCAUCAUCGCCGAAGCAUCCCGCAAAGCUGCUUUAGCCGUUCUGCAACCUGGGGACCACAUCGAGGUCUUCCAAGGCGAACAAUCUGGCGUACACGGAAUCGUGCAAGAAAUUCAAGGCGAGACCCUCACCAUCACCGCGCUCGGUUUAGAUCUGGAAGGGCAAAAGAUUGAUCUCCCUGCAAGGUCUGUAAGGAAACGAUUCAAACCCGGAGACCACGUUAAAGUGAUGCAAGGGAAGAACGCUGGAGAGACCGGGUUGGUUGUUGCUGUUUCGGAUACUGGGUCUACUCCAUCGACGUCGAAUGUGAAUGCGAAUUUAGAAAACGGCGAAAAGAGAAGAGAGAAUACGGUGGUUACGUUCAUUUCGGAUAUGACAAUGCAAGAAGUGUCGGUAUUUUCAAAAGAUCUUCGAGAGGCUGCAGAGGUGGGUAAUACAACCAACAUUGUUGGUGAAUACGAAUUACAUGAUCUAGUCCAACUUGACCCCCAGACAAUCGGCGUUAUCUAUUCAACCUCCCGUUCCUCCUUCCUCGUUCUAACUCAGCACUCACAAUCCCGACUUGUCCACCCGCAUCAAAUCCUCCAAUCCCUCCGGCCAAAACCCAAUUCAGUAAUCGCAACCGACAAAAACAGCCACGAAAUCCGACUCGGCGAUACAAUGCAAGAAACUGAAAACGAGCAUCGGACAGGGAGAGUGCUACAUAUCUACCAAUCGCAUUUUGCAUUCUUGUUUAACAGGGACGUAGCCGAACAUGGUGGGGUUUUCGUUACUCGUGCGAGGAGUUUGGUGUCGGUGUCGCCGAAGGGGGGUGUAAUUACACCCGGUGGUGCAAGUUCAAAAAAACCGACUUCUGAUCUAACGAAAAUGAACCCCCUCUCAGCUGGUGGCGCUUCCGGCGGCGGUGGCUUCGUUGGCUCAACAAUUGGACGGGGACCCCGCGACAGGCUCAUCGGGGCACACGUCGUAGUAAUCAAAGGGCCACACAAAGGAUACGUUGGGAUUGUCAAAGACACUAACGGGGUUGGGUUAUCUGGCGUAGCGAGAGUAGAGCUGAACACAGGGAACAAGGUGAUCAGUAUUGAAAAGGGGAAAUUGCAUAGGAAGUUGCCGGAUGGGAGGACUGAACCCGUCGAGGGGCCUGGUGCGACUUGGGGGAGAAAUGGUGGUGGUGGUGGUGGUGACAACAAUUUCAAUUUGCCAAUGGGUGGACGUACACCUGGGUGGGGUGCUUCUGGUGGUGGCGGCGGGCGAACUCCUGGCUCUGGGGGUCGUACACCAAGCUGGGGAAUAGGAGCAGGCCGAACACCCAACCCCUACGCAACUGGAGGACAUCAAACCCCCGCAUGGAACGUUAGUUCUAAAACACCCAACCCAUACGCUGGGGGAGGUGGUGGACAGACACCUGCUUGGAGUGCAGGGAGCAAGACUCCUAAUCCGUAUGCUGCUUCUGCUGCUGCUUCGAGGGGUGGUGGGAGGACACCAAACCCUUAUGCUUCCGGAGGAGGUGCUACACCAGGGCGAAAUGCGUGGGGUGGGAAAGACAGUUGGGGAUCCCCAAUUCCAGCUGAUAGUGGAAGCGGGAUUGGUGGAUGGGGUGCUGAGAUUCCUGCUAGCACUUGGGCCGCACAGAACGCCCCCACCCCCGCAUUCGCUUCAACACCCGGCUUCGCACCAACCCCCGCUAUCCCCUCAACUCCAGGAGGCAACCUCAGCAGUACCAAUACACCCUACUCCUCCAUUAACCCUCAAUACAGCCAAUAUUCCAACAAUAGUAAUACUUAUGCAUCCUACGGUGCUUAUGCCGCUCCAACACCUGGUAUGCUACCCACUGCAAUUGGAAGAAGAGCCAAUGAAGGUCCUGGUGAAUACACCCCACCCCCAGACUGGCUACUCGCCCAACACUUAACCCCACACCUAACGUCUCUCCGGGUCAAUAUCUCCGGAACCAAACUGCCUCAUCAACCCUACCUCGACGGUCUAUACGAAUCUCUCGACGCACAUAUCCUCGCUGCUUCCCGUGUAGCAGAUAAUUACGAACAAACAGCGUUGGUUAAAGUCGAUCUGGAGAAAUCUAGCGCUGUUACUCCAGCUCAACUUGCUGCUCUUUCUUCCACCCCAGCAGAUCGUUCAAUCCCAACUAAAUUCCUCCUCCCCGUUCCCCCUUUAUCACAAGACGAUACCGCUAUCGUGCUCACUGGUCCACGGCAGGGCGAUAAAGUCAAACUAAGACAACGUCCAGAUUCCGGGAGCCCGACUGAGCUCGUUGUUGUUGAAAGUGUUGAUGCAGGUGGUAAUGCGAGUGGGACUAACGGGACCGAAGGAGGCGCCUUUUGGGAAUGCCAAAAAGAUUGGAUGUGUGUAUGUUGGUAA